AUGGAGGUGGUCAAGCUGCCGGAACAGUUGAGAAGCUUGACCUUUGGGUUCGAAUUCAAUCAGACCCUGGCGCACACCAUUUUGCCUCCGCAUUUGCGUCACUUGAGCUUUGGCGAUCGCUUCAAUCAGAGCUUGGACUCUACGAUGCUACCGAUUCACUUGAGAACUUUGGCCUUUGGCGAUCGAUUUAAUCAACGACUGAACCAGGUGCUUUGGCCACAAGACUUGGAGAAGUUGAUCUUCCGCAGGGAUUUCAAUCAGCCCUUAGAUGGCUUGGCCAAUCUCCCGAACCUGGGGACCUUGAUGCUUGGCCAGAAGUUCAAUCAAGUCCUUCCCGCAGCAGAUUCGCCUGCGGUGCUUUCCGGCUCGGAGCCAGCGCAGGAGCAGUCCACCUCUUUGUUCCCCAGGCUUCAUACGCUGGUUCUGGGUGAUAGCUUCAGUCAUAGCCUGGAGCAUCACCUGUCGAGCUUGAAGUCCUUGUCACUCGGACGCCAAAACCCGAGCGCAUAUGCAGAUGUUCCUUCUGCUGCUCACCUGUCUCGGAGUUUGCCCUUGAACUUGGAGGACUUGACGGUGGGCGGCUUGGCCCCUGAAAGCUUCAUGGUCUUCCCAUCUGCCCUGCAGAGCUUGACCUUAAGAUCUGGAUCGCCGCUCCAUUUAGUUGGACUACCACAUUUGCGGAUUUUGAUCCUGGGAGAGGGCUUCAAGGACGCGGAAGAGGUGGAGCUUCCUGGGAGUCUUGAAAGUUUGAGCCUGGGUGACCUACCCCUACGACAGGUGAGACUCCCGGAGCGCUUGAAGAGCCUGGCGCUGGGCCGCGAAAAAACCGAGCUCCUGCACCUUCCAGCCAGCUUGGAGAGUUUGACCUUGGGCGAGAACUACAACCAACUCUUCGAGGUGGAGUUACCCAAGCAUCUGCAAAGCUUGACCUUCGGAGAUGCCUUCAACAAGAGCUUAGAAAAUGUGAGCUUUCCGCCCAGCCUGCUACGCUUGACCUUUGGACGCAGCUUUGAGAAGCGAUUGGAUCACGUGACACUGCCAGAGAACCUGCUGGCCUUGACCUUGGGACGCAACUUCAAUCAUGUACAAUCGUUCCUACGUUAA